AUCGUACCACAGACAUCUCUAGCACAGACAACAUGAAGCUGAUCAUCCUCGCCUCCUUGGCCGUCGUGUCCCUGGCCGCCCCCAGGCCCGACAAACCCGUCCCAGCCCCCGCUCCCUCCUACGGCGCCCCCUCCCAGAGAUCCUUCGACCACUCCGUCGAAGAAAUAGCCAUCCUCCGCGACGAGAGGCAGAUGUCUGACGACGCCACCAGCUACAACUUUGCCAUCGAGACUGAGGACGGAAUCCAACGCGAGGAAUUCGGUUCCGCCAUCGACCACGGAAGCGCUGAAGGAGCCGUCGCUCAGAGCGGAAAGGUCUCCUUCACCCUCCCCGACGGCCAACAGUUCGAGCUGACCUUCGUGGCUGACGAGAAUGGCUUCCAGCCCCAGUCUUCCUUCCUGCCAGUCGCUCCCGAAUUCCCCCACGAGAUUCCCCAGUUCGUCCUCGACCAGAUCGAAAAGGCAAGACGCGAGGACGAGGAGGCUGCCCGCUCCGGCCCACGAAGCAGCGGUGCCCCAUCUCAGGGAUACGCAUAAGUCCUCCGACGCCACACGUCCAACAGCUUCCAGGCCCCUAGAGAGCUUCAUGUCUCACUAAUCACCCACGAACGAAUUCUCGAAAUCUAUUUAUUCAUCUUAUUUAUUUUAAGCAACCAGCAUCAAGAAUGCAUAUUGUAAAUUAUGUAAAUAAAAUCACGUCAUGAAAAA